AUGAGGGUCAAGACAGGCAUUCUCUUAGCACCUCUGACAUCUUUUGCAGUCACUGCACAAGACAACACGGAACAGCGGGCUUUCUUUCCACAAUUUCGGACUCAGGGAAGAGCUUCUGAACAGGUGAACGAAUGCUGGACACCAGAGACACCAGCAAUUUCGGAUUCUAGCCGGCUUAUCUUCGAAAACAUCAAAUCUACAAUAUCUGAGGUAGGCUAUCAAGCUAAGUCUAUUGCUCGAUUUCAGGACGCAGUGCAUAUCGAUACUCAAGUCGAUGAUCAAUACGGCAAUGUGGAAGAUGACGACCGCUGGGCCAAGUUUUACCAUUUUUCAGCUUUCCUCGAAAGAGAGUUCCCACUAGUACAUGAAAGGCUCAGUUUGGAAAAGAUCAAUAGACAUGGACUUGUCUAUUCAUGGAUUCCCACUGCUCAAGAUCGUGGGGGGCAAUCUGCCAAUAAACCUAUAGUUCUAAUGGCACAUCAAGACACAGUUCCAGUCUCACCUAAAAGCCUUGACGAUUGGAAGUUUGAUCCUUUUGAAGGACAUAUUGAUGACGAUGGUAUGAUGUAUGGGCGUGGUGUUCACGACGACAAGAACUCGCUAGUAUCCAUACUUGAAUCUGUCGAGCUGCUGCUGAAAACAGACUUCAAGCCCAAACGUACAGUCAUUUUGGCCUUUGGGUUUGACGAAGAAAUUAGUGGUCGAAGAGGCGCUCUAGAAAUAUCAAAGCUUCUACAGAAAAGGUAUGGCAAGAAUGGUUUAGAGCUCAUUCUCGAUGAAGGACCGGGAAUUUCGACCGCUCUAAGUUCGUCCGGGAAAAAGAUUGCUUAUGCAUCAGUUGCAACUGCUGAGAAGGGGUACCUCGACGUUUCGAUCGAAGCAGUAUCUCCGGGCGGACAUUCUUCGCUGGCUGGUAAGCACUCUUUGAUAGGAAUCGUUUCUGAAAUGAUAUACUCUUUGGAGAACUCAAUUGCUAUUCAAGCAAGGAUCUCCAAAAACAAUCCUGUUCUGGGUUACCUGUCUUGCAACAAUUUUGGGUUUCCACAGGUUCCGGCACUUAUUGACAGGAUCAAAGCGGGCGAUGCAGACGCCGAAUAUGCACUUGGAAGUCUACUUGAAAACACCACAAUUGCCUAUCUUUCACGCACAUCUCAAGCAAUAGACCUGAUCUCGGGCGGACAAAAAAUCAACGCGCUACCAGAAAGGGUCUCAGUGGGAAUCAACUACCGUGUAGGUCCGGAUUUGACUUUAGGUGACAUCAAGCAACGAAUUUCCUCCAUACUCAAACCUCUCGCUGAGAAACACAGCUUCAAAAGCUGCUUUUUUGACGAACGUCAAGACUGCGCUCCAGGAAGUGAGAGACUUUUGCGAGUGUUACAGAUAGGAAACGCAUUGGAGCCGGUGAGGAUGUCGCCUCAAAAUUCAAAGGCGUACUCUGUCGUUUUUGGGACUGUCCAGGCGACACUGGGUUCAUCCUACAAAGAGGCAUUAGAUCUCGACGCGCUACAAGUAGUGCCCACGUUGAUGGCUGGCAAUACUGACACCCGUCAUUAUUUGAAUCUGACGGAAAACAUUUUUCGGUUUCGGCCAACACGAAUUGAUGUUAACAACAACGCAGGACACACAGUCAACGAGCACCUUUAUGCCGCAGACCAUUUCAACUCGAUUGGAUUUUACGCUUCUCUUAUUCUGAGCGCAAAUGAUAUGUAA